AUGGGGAGAUUAUCCUAUAUUCGGCGCUUCAUUCCGGGCCUUGCUGCCAUUAUGAGUGUUUUUGCUCCCUUACUUAAGAAGGUCAGGCCAUACGAAUGGAGCAAGGAAUGCCAAGAGGCCUAUCAGCAAGUACAACAAAUAAUCACCAAGCUGCCCACCAUGAGAGCACCCAUUCCUCUCAAGCUUUAUUUAGCUGCAACGAAUACAGCGGUUGGGGCCUUACUCGCUCAAGACGAUCAUGGUGGAAAAGAAGGCCCGAUUGACUAUGUGAGUAGGCAAUUAAGGGGAGCUAAAACAAGAUAUCCAACGACUGAGCUCUUAUGCCUUGCCCUUGUCUAUGCUGCGCAGCGCUUGCGUCACUACUUUCUCACUCAUAAGCUACAGCUCGUAGUGAAGUCUGACCCCGUAAGGUACUUGCUCACAAGACCUGUGCUGUCCGGAUGUCUUGCACGGUGGCUAUUGCAGCUGUCCGAAUUUGAUAUCACAUGCACAACUCCUAGGGCCAUCGAAGGACAAGCCGUGAUUGACAUGCUUCUCUAUUUCCUGAAGAAGAAAGAUCGAUUCUUUCGGGAGGUUCUGGGAGAGCUGCUGGAAACAGUGGCUGUUGUUACAGAGGAGGAGCUGUGGACCCUCUACUUUGAUGGUUCUUCUACGUCAAACGGUGGAGGAGCAGGUGUGGUACUCAUCAACCCCGAAGGGCAAGCCACGGCCCUCUCGUUCAAACUAAAUUUCUCAUGCACGAAUAAUGUGGCGGAGUAUGAGGCAUUCAUUAUGAGAUUGUCUACGGCAAAGGAAAUGGGCAUAGAAAGGAUUAAAAUCAUUGGCGAUUCAAAUUUGGUGCUAAGUCAGUUACAAGGAAGCUUUGCUAUGAAAGAGUCAACAUUAGCGCCAUAUCGCACAACUGCUGAAAAGCUUGUCAGUUCUUUCGAGGAGGUUCUGCUGGAACAUAUCCCGGGAGUCACUAAUAGGUAUGCAGAUGCCUUGGCUACGUUGGGAUCAAAGCUCUCAUUCAUCCAAGAGCAACCCAACAUCACCGUAGUAAAAAGAGAUGUUCCGGCAGUUGAAGCAAUGGCUCAAGAGGGGAUGCUGGAGGAAAAAGUUUGGAGAAAAUUUGUGAAGGAAGGGUUGAGCGAGGGAAGCAACAUCAAGGAUUUGAAGGACUAUGUGGUUAUCUUCAGAGAACUUUACAGACGCCUGCCUGGAGGUAUUUUGACUCGCUACAUAGGACUGACAGAAGCACGGAGAAGACUCCAAGAGGUACAUGAAGCCACUUGCAAUUUGGAGCCAAUAAUCAGCCUCUAUCGGCGCCUGCAACGCAAGGGUUAUUAUUGGCCAGAAAUGAAGAAACAAGCAGCUGAGGUUCAAACCAAUUGUCCGAAGUGUGCAACAAUACCCUCCACCGAAGAAUCAUUCACCAUUUCAUUUGCGGAAGAUUGGAGGGCGCCGUACUUAGCGUUCUUUAUUGAAGGAAUUUUACCAAGCAACACCAAGCAUGCCCACAAGCUCAAAAAGACACUGAAGAGAUACUUCAUAGACGGUUCCACUCUCUAUCGCAAAGGGUUUAAUGGUGAACCCUUGAAAUGCUUAGGAGAAUCAGAAGCGCAGCAAGUGAUGCAGGAAAUUCAUGCUGGAGAAUGUGGUGAACACCAGGGGAUGAAGAGGCUCCAUCGGCAGCUGCUAAAUGUUAGAACUAUCCACCCACCUUCCGAUGGUUAUAUAUGGAUCCUCACAGCCACUGAGUAUUUCACAAAGUGGGUUGAAGCAAUUCCUCUUCAAAAAGCCACGGGGGCUGCCAUUGCAAAUUUCAUCUGUGAAUACAUCGUCUGCAGAUUCGGAAUCCCAUACAAGAUCGUCACCGAAAACGGUACCCCAUUUGUUAACAAGCAAGUAAGUUCGACACUUAAUGGCUAUGGUAUCAAGCAUCGUCGCUCCACGCCAUAUUAUCCGCAAGGAAAUGGUCAAGCAGAGGCUACAAAUAAAAUUUUGUUAAGAAUCCUAAGCAACAUGGUGUAUGAGUAUAAGGGAGGCUGGAGUAUCCACCUGCCGGAUGCUUUAUGGGCUUAUCGCACCUCUCCAAGGAGCACCACAGGUUUCUCACCCUAUUCGCUUGUGUACGGUUUCGAUGCCAUAUCACCCGUCGAAAUCACCAUCCCCACUGCUAGGGUAUCGGCUGUCAAUGACCUUGAAUGGGAUACAAAGACAUGCUCGGAGUGGCGCUUGUUUGACAUCGAGGCCUUGGACGAAAGAAGAGUGGAAACCGAAAGAAGAACAUCACUUUACCAUAGAACCAUUGCCCAAGCUUACAACAGAACAGUCAAGCUGCAAGCCUUCAAGCAAGGAGACCUCGUGCUAAAAGUCGUCGAGCAUGUGAGGAGACAAGUAUCGGGACCUUCCAAGUUUGCCCCGCAAUGGGAAUGA